AUGCGAAAAACGGGCGCAAAACGUCGUCAAACAGCCAGGAAAAAGGGGGAGACCCAAAAAAGACAAGAGAAAACAAAGGAAUAUAAGAAAAAUAAAGGAGACAAAGGGAGGCAAACGCCAAGGGACUCCAAAAAGGAACAAGGCAAAGUCAAAAGAGAAAGGAGAAACACAUGCAAGAAAACCCCAGAGCUCAAAGGUAAAUAA